AUUAAUUAAUUAAAUAUGACCAAAGUAUCAAGCAUUAAAAAUGGUAAACAUACAAAAAAAAUACCACCACCCAUUGAUGUUAAAGUGCGAACAAAAAAAAGAAAAAAGCGCAAAGAUUUAGAGCAAAUAAGACAAAGUGUUCUUGAUGCAAGACAGGACUUGCGUCGAGAAAGAAGACUUGCUGGUGCUUUAAAAUACAAAGGACCAUCAAAUGUGCUAGAUAAAACACUGAGAGAUUUUGCUGAUAUUCGUGAAGAAAAUGAAAAUAAAACUCAAGGUAUAUCCAACAAAGGAGAAAACAAAAACGAGAGAAUAUUGUGCACAAGAUUAUUGCAUGAACCGACAAUUGGAUUAUUUAAAAAAGGAGCAAAGGGUAAUGAGGUCAAAAGGAGAGUAGAUGUCACAUUAUCUGAUGCAGCUGAUGCUCGUCUUCGUGGUGACGUUAUAAGGCUACUCAAUGGGGACAAUACAUCACCAAGAAAUAAUGAUAACAAUGAAAGAAAAAUUAUCCAAGAGGAAAAAAUAAUAUCAAAACAAGUAAAGCCUGUUCAUGCGAAUCUUGAAGAAAGUGAAAAAACUCCUAGUCCUGUCUUAUUACAUCGAACAAACUGGAUAUCAAAAGAUGAAAAUGCCAAGAAUUUAAAGAAAAAAGAUGAUAAUAAUAGACGAUUAUUUGAGAUUGAUGACGAUGAUGAUGAUGAUAAUGAUGAUUCUAACAUUAACAAAGAUUUACCUGCUAUGGAUUCAUUGGAAUUUUCACCAAAAGCAUCUCGUGUUGAUGAAAGUGAUUCAAUUGAUGGACCAAAUGAUUUGAAUAAACAUAAAAAAUUACCAAAAUUAAAUGAUUGUUCAAGUUCAUUAAAUCGCUGGCGAUGGUCACCAGCAACUUGUUUUGAAGAAUACUGUUCAAUUGUUUGUGUUGGUACUUUUACAAAUUUCAUUGAUAAUUGUACAGUAGAAGAUCCUGUAGAAAGAAUAAGAAAUGAACUUAUGGCAACAUACAAAGAAGUACGUGGUCAACAAAAAAAUGAUGAUAAUCAUUAUGCCAAUAAAGAGUUUGAAUGUACACCACAAUUUAGUGACAGUAGUACAGUUACAUGUGAAGUUGUGGGACAUCAUGGCUCACAUAACAAAGUAAUAUCAAAGUCCUCAACAAACUCUUCACUAGCGACGACUGUUCUAACUGAUGACAAAAAUGAUGUAAUUGAGGUACCAGAGCUUAAACACUAUUUCAAGAAUUUAGAUAGUAAAGUUACACCACAAAAUAAAAUGGUGAAACAAAAUGAUGGUAGAAUUGUUAGAGUUUCACUUCAACAACCCUUUAGAACACCUAGGAAUUCACUGGACUUAUUGACGUCUAUUGAUAUGACUCGUAACAAGAAUGAUAAAUAUUCAAAGAAAAAUACUGAAAGAUUAAAUCACGUACCAUUUCAAGAGAAAGUUUAUCAUGAUAAAAAAAAAGAAUUUCAUCGAAUAUAUUUGCCUGAACAAACAUCAUUAAAUAUCCAAGAAAAUGAAUUUAAUAAUAAUUUUAUUGAAAAGAAAAAUAAUUUUGAUGCUGUCAGUGAGUAUAGCAUUGACAAAGGAUAUGAUCAAGAUUUAACAUCACCCUCACUUGGAUGGAGUGCUUCUCAUGAAGCAAAAUUAGUACAACUUCCACCAAGCUAUUCUAAACAUAUACCAACUAUUCUUCGUCGUUCAACCAAUAAUAAGACAGUACAUUUUAAUCUUGACUUAACAAAUCAUCAACGAAGAAUUAAAAAUAAUUAUGUUAAUACGCCAGACAAUAAUUUAUCGAAUAAUUACGAAACAGAAUAUAAUGAUGCAAUUCUUCGUGGUUUUAAAGUAUUGUCGUGCUCUGAGGUAGAACGAAGUAAAGCAAAAUUUAAUGAAAGAGGUAAAAUAAGUGGACAUUUUUUAUCAAAUCAACCAGCAAAAUAUUUAGCCAUGAGUGAAGAAAAUGAUAAAUCAUUGGUACCACGUAGAGUACCAGUUUAUCAUAAUGUAGAAAAAAUAGAUAAUAAAAAUUUGAAUGAUACUCUAGCAUACUCUGAUAUUUAUAAAAAAUCAAAUCGAGUAUUAACACCACCACUUGGUAAAAUAUAUCCACAAAAACAUCAAAGUAUUAGCUUCGAUCAUUCAGUGUUAUUAAAUACGAAUUUACAUAAUGAUAAAAAUUAUCUACAUCGAGACUUAUUUAGUCAAGAGCAUUUAAAAAAAAUUCAACAUCGUCAACGCUUGUAUGGGAUUGAUCAUGUAGAUCGACAACACAAAGCACAAGCACUUAAUUAUUUUGCUCCAAUAAAUUCUUAUGAAGAAAGCUCACGAGAAGUAAAAUGUUUUGAAAAUUUAUGUGAUAAAAAAAAUUGUCAUGAAUGUUUUCAAGCUAGACUAAAAAAUACUAUUCGUAAAAUUUGA